AUGGAUUCCCUGAACGCCUUAUCGCUGCUAACGUCACAAGUUGAUUUCCUUGAAGAGAUGUGUUUCAACAGAACGGAAGAUGGUAACAUUUUUGAAGACUUUAAGCUGACAGUUGAGGAGUGUGAAGCAAAAAUUUUAAAUGGCUCUAACGUAGCUUUUACGUACAGUGCUUUAGAAAGCUCAAAUCCAGAUGAAUUUUAUGCAUUUUAUACAUCACAGUGCACCAAUCAAAGUGGAAUUAAAAUUCGCAAUGAAUGCAACAAUGACAUUAAACAUAUUUUAAUGAAAUGUUUAAACGAGACUGAAAUCGAAUCAUUUAAAAAGAUUGAAGACAUCGCUACGCGAAUUUUCAACGCUGUUUGCAACUUUGAUCAAGAUAAGAUGAGAAGAUUUUUCUCUGCUAAAGGUCAAGAGUGUUUGAGUGAUAACGUAAUAACAAUCGGUUUUUGUUUCUUAUCAGCAAUGCCAGAAAGUGAGGAAGAAAAACAAGAACUUUUGUUGAGAGAUCACAGCAGUGAAAAGGGAGAUGAAUGCAAGGUGAUUGAUGAUUUUGAAAAGUGUAUGAUGGAAGAGAUCAACAUUUGCGAUGAAAAAAGCAUAUCAGAAAUUUUCCAAUUGAUGUUUGGCUUUUUCAAGCAUGAACUCAAUUGCAUUGAUGUGCCUGAAGAACCACACCAAAUAAGCGGCUCAGCUUCAACAAAUGUUUUCUCAAUCAUUCUUUUAGCGAUUCUUUUUAUAGCCCUACAUUUAUAUUGAUUGAAUUUUUUAUGAGCAAACUUUCGAGCUCCCAUACAUUUUAUUGGAUAAAACAAUUUUGACACAAUCUAUGUUGUUGUUUACGAAGCAUGUAAAGAUACUUCAAAUUUUUGCUUACUUUGUAUUUGAUUUCAUUUUUUUUUAAUGAUUUACAUCAAACCAGAUGAUUAACUCGUC